AUGUCUGGCAAGCUCGACCAAUCUCUUGACGACAUCACCCAGGCCCAGCGCCGUGGUGCUCGCCGUCGUUCCAACCCCCGCCGCUCUGCUGGACGCCCAGCCGCGGCCGCUCCUAUUGGUGGUAUCCAGAAAAACACCAAGCCCGCACGCGGUUCUGGCGCAAAGCCCGUCCCGGCCAAGGCCGCUCCCAACAAGGACAGCAAGAUCAUCGUGAGCAAUCUGCCUAAGGACGUCUCGGAGCAGCAGAUUAAGGACUAUUUCAUCCAGUCUGUUGGACCUAUCAAGCGAGUAGAGCUUGUCUACGGCCCCAACUCACAAAGUCGCGGUGUCGCCAACGUCACUUUCCACAAGUCCGAUGGCGCUAGCAAUGCCUUCCAGAAGCUGAAUGGUCUUCUUGUCGACAACCGACCAAUCAAGAUUGAGAUUGUUGUCGGGGCCGCUCAGGCUGACAAGGUCAUUCCUGCCGCCAAGACCCUCGCUGAGCGUACUACCCAGCCCAAGGCCCAGGCCAAGGCUCAGCCCAAGUCCGCUGCUGCUGACAAGCACACCGCUGGUGCGGCCAAGGGAGCGGCCAAGGGAGCUGCCAACAAGAAGCGCCGUGGUCGCAACAGCCGUCCUGCAAAGAAGACUCAAGAGGAACUCGACUCAGAGAUGGCUGACUAUUUUGUCGCCCCUGCCCCUGAGGCUGUUGGCAACACUGCUGCUCCUGCUGCCGCACCUGCUGCCACUGCCGAUGCUGAUAUGGAUGAGAUUGCUUAA